GCCGUGAUGGUAGCCGUUGUUUUUUGUCUCUCUCAUUUGUUUUCGGAAAUAGGGUUAUGGUAUAUGAAAAUGGUUGAUGAUUGUUCGCUCUUGAACCGGUAAUGUGAUAAAUUUUACGUACUGUAAGUGUUUAAUUAAAAAAAUGGACAAGGAGAUGACAUUAGACGAAGAUUUUAGAUUGGACGAAGAAGAAAUUAACUCUGAUAAUGUUAGUGAUCUGGAGCCAGUGACUUGGUUAAAUGAUGAAGAUACAGAGGUUAAUAUGUUUUUCCACAGAGUGGAUUCUAAUCAAAUUAUAUAUCAAACCAAGAAAAAGAAAUGCAAGAUGAUAGGGAAAUAUGUGAUGGGGGAUCUGUUAGGAGAAGGUAGUUACGGUAAAGUGAAGGAAAUGUUAGACUCAGAAACGCUCUGUAGGAGAGCUGUAAAAAUUCUAAAGAAGAGAAAGCUACGGAGGAUACCCAACGGUGAACAGAAUGUUCAAAGGGAAAUCCAGCUUCUUAAAAUAUUGAAGCACAAGAAUGUGAUAGGAUUGGUUGAUGUCUUAUGUAAUGAAGAGAAACAGAAAAUGUACAUGGUAUUAGAAUAUUGUGUUGGAGGUCUCCAGGAUAUGUUAGAGAGUACACCAAAAAAGAAAUUUCCACUUUGGCAGGCACAUGGGUAUUUCUGCCAGCUUGUUGAUGGCCUGGAAUACCUCCAUAGUAAAGGAAUUGUUCACAAAGAUAUUAAACCAGGAAACCUUCUCCUCACUCUUGAUGGAACACUGAAAAUUUCAGACCUUGGGGUUGCAGAGGCACUGGAUAUGUUCGCUGAGGAUGAUACCUGUUAUACAGGACAAGGUUCACCUGCAUUCCAACCUCCUGAAAUUGCAAAUGGUCACGAAAAAUUUUCUGGAUUCAAAGUUGACAUCUGGAGUAGUGGUGUUACUCUAUACAAUAUAACAACUGGUCUCUAUCCUUUUGAGGGUGACAAUAUUUAUAGAUUAUUUGAAAAUAUUUGGAAAGGAGAAUUCAGUAUUCCAAGUGAAAUUGAAAAUCCUUUGCGUGCUUUGCUGGAAGGAAUGCUGCAGAAGGACCCAGAGAAAAGACUAUCGUUACCACAGAUACGACAACAUCUCUGGUUUACACUCAAGCCAACAAGGACUCUAGAAUAUGUUCCUGUUCCUCCACUACGUGGAGAUGAGUUUCACACAAUGACAGUGUUGCCAUAUCUAAUGGAAUAUCAUUAUGGAGAUGAUUCAGCCACUACUGAGAAUCAUACAGAAUAUAUCACAGAGCAUGAGUUAAAUGAAGAAAGGAAGUUACAAGAAUUAGAAGUGCACAGGCAGACAGUAAUGGGAGAUGGCACUAUGAAUCGACGUGGAGGGGGAAGUGGUACAAAACGACGAUGGAGACGCCCCAUCUCAUGUAUCAGUGUCAAGAAAUUCCCAUCCUGCAAACAGUCAUGAUGCCAUACAACUAUCUUGCUGAACAUGAAUUGCCCACAAUAAUGAAGGCACGUGCCACCAGAUGGUGAAUUUGAAAGAAACAAUAUAAGCAAGUGGGCAGAUAUAACCUGAAGUAAAUAAUGUUUACAACCUGGACAUGUCCACUCCAUUUGUGCUACAAGGGCUUCUGAGAACAACCUGUGACCAGUGCUAUAAAAUAUGAAAUGAACACUGAUUCUAAGAGUUUAUAAUUAAUUUCAUUUGAAUGUUUUGUAAGUAUCUGUGGGUAUGUGUAAAUAUCUAGUAGCCUUUUUUAAAGUUUGAAUUCAAUGUGAAAACAAUUUAAAAUUUGAGUAAAGUAACUAUUUUUAUCAGUAGACAUUUAAUGAUUUCUUCUUUUCUGAUAUACAUUGUGAUCUUAACAUUAUUUUUUGUUUUUCUUCUUAAGAAGUCUGAAUAUGUUUGAUUUGAAGCUUAAACUAUGGUAUUUGCACAGCCUUUGUUUAACUGUAUGUGCAUGAGUGUGUGUUGGAAUGUGUUUAUGAACAAUGAAUCUUUGUGCCAUGCUAUAUGAUAGCUCUAAAGAGAACUGUGUAGUACCCAUAAUAUCCUGUCAGUAGUGAUGUGUUGCACACAUAGACUUGUUCAAACAUAUCAGUAGGUCAUCAAGAUUUAUAAAUAUAACACACUUUAUUUUGAGAAGAGUAAGCAAGUAAAAGUAGUGACAACUAUCUGCCAUAGUAAUCUAUGUUGGAAAAGAUAUCAUUGAAUUAUAGCUUAUCAAAUGGCCAGAAAGUUGUAGGAGCUCAUUAUAAUAUUGUAUAUCAGAACUAAUCAAAAUUUUGAAGAAAGCAGUCUUCUGGGA